AUGGUACCCGACGAAACUAAUGCAACGAAUGAAGGAAAGAAUAGAAAAAUCCCAGCACUAAUAGUGUUUGGAGAUUCAGUAAUGGAUACGGGUAAUAACAACAAUCUCCCCACUCUUCUAAAAUGCAACUUCGCUCCUUAUGGCAAAAACUAUCCUGGUGGCUUUGCUUCUGGAAGAUUUUGUGAUGGAAGGGUUCCCACAGAUCUUAUUGCGGAAAAAUUGGGAUUAGGUAAAACACUGCCAGCAUAUUUGAGUCCAAAUUUGAAGCCUAAAAAUCUUCUUAAAGGUGUAACAUUUGCAUCUGGAGGAACUGGUUAUGAUCCAUUAACGGCUAAUAUUAUGUCGGUGAUAUCGAUGUGGGAUCAGCUAAUAUAUUUUCAAGAAUAUAUAUCAAAUAUCAAGCAACAUUUUGGAGAACAAAGAGCUCAAAAUAUCUUGGACAAUAGUUUUUUUCUUGUGGCUUCUAGUAGUAAUGACAUUGCUCACACGUAUUUAGCUCAAUCUCAUAAAUAUAAUCGUACCUCGUAUGCCAAUUUUUUGUCUGAUUUGGCAAUCAAAUUCGUAAGAGAGUUACACAAGUUUGGAGCUAAAAACAUUGGAGUGUUUAGUGCAGUUCCUAUUGGAUGUGUACCCAUUCAGAAAACAUUGUUUGGAGGUAUAAAUAGAGGAUGUACUACACGUUUAAACGACAUGGCAAAACAAUUCAACUCAAAACUUUCCCCAGCUUUGAAUUCUUUAAAUAAAGAGUUGGAUGGUAUUAUUCUUUACAUUGAUGUUUAUGAUACCUUUUUAGACAUGAUCCAAAACCCUAAAAAAUUUGGUUUUGAGGUAGCGGAUAAAGGAUGUUGUGGUACUGGUUAUCUUGCAGUUUCUUAUCUGUGCAAUUCAUUGAAUCCUUUUACAUGUUCUAAUUCCUCGGCCUAUAUUUUUUGGGAUAGUUACCAUCCGACCGAAAAAGCCUAUCAAGUUAUCGUUGAUAAAUUAUUCAGCAAAUAUAUAAGCCAAAUAUAA